ACUCUUUUCAAAACAAGUUGCGCUAAAUCGCGGCAGGCCUGCACCGCCUAGUGCCGAGACGGCCGAUUUUUAGAAUACUUACACCUACCAAAUCUAAAUUAUAGCAUCAACGGUAUUUUCAGGUGUAUGCAUAUUUAAAUGGAACAGUUCAAAAACGUUCAGACUUUUAGGCCGAUCGAGCAGAGCAUUGAUCUGCUCACCUGAAAUUAUGCGACGGCUCUCGAGCACAUUCCCUUCCGUCAAGUUCCAGAACCCUAACCCCCCAAAAUUAUCAUUACCCUCCUCGCUAUCCCUGUCGAUCAAAUCAGAAGCAUCCUCGAGCUCUCCGUCCAAAUCAAAAUCAAAACCAAAAUCUUGGUCUGUGUAUCUCAUUCUUUCCACUAAUUCCCCAAUCAAAACCUACGUCGGCGUCACCACCGAUUUCUCUCGCCGUUUGAAACAACAUAAUGGCGAGCUCAAAGGUGGUGCAAAAGCAUCUAGUGCUGGAAGACCAUGGAUUUGUGCUUGCCUAAUACAUGGUUUUAAGGGCCAAAGUGAAGGGAUGAUUGAUCAGGAGCUCCUUCCAUGACGAUUAUUUGGAUGUGAAAAAAUGUCUAGUUAGCUGUUAACUUAAGGGGAUACCUUAGGAUCGGGAGCUCUUUAGUGGAUGAAUUUUCAAAGAGUUUUUCAAGAACUAGAGUGGGAGGGAUGAGCAUUUUGUCCCCCGGUUUUUAUGUGGUGGGAUUAGCUCUAGUGUGGAGUCUUUUUAUGUAGCUCUAAGGGGUUUCGUCCACUUAUGAUUAGUGACUCAUUUUUCAUGCAAAUUUUGUGUAAGAUCCUAAUGAAACUUGAUAUCAUAUUUUAUGAUUUACUAAACUGUACGCAAAAGGAAUGGUUAAUCAGAUUUAGCUUUUUUCUCUGCAAUUAUGAUCCUUUUAUGUAAGCUAAGCUCCACAUCCUCAACGCAAACAGACCAAGUAACUCUUUGUUUUCUGUUGUAGCUUGCGAGUUCGAAUCAAAAUGGAAAACUUUAUCAAGGCGUUUGCCUCGGAAAAGAAAGAAA